AUGUCAAAAGCCUCUCCUGUGCAGCCUGCUUCGUUUGCCGAUGAGGCCGCCGAGGCGGACACGUCCAUCGCGGCCGACCCGAUCGACAACUACUCGCUGAGCGGGGAGCUGGUAAACUUCUGGGGCAUCAAUGGACUCAAUGCCAAGCUGGACUUUAACCAGGUGGACGGCGCGAUGCGGGAGAAGGUCAAUUGGCUGGGAUAG